UCUGCGGAACUAAUUUUGAGUACAGAGAUUUUUAGGACUAAAAUCCGGUAGGAUUUAAGAACGGUUCCACUUCCGGUAACACCGGAAGCAAUUUGAAGAUGGCGUCCUCCUCCUUAAGUGGGCCAGCCGACGUGGACGGGAAAAGUGAAUUUCGUAACAAGAAGCCAAAGCCGGAGAACCGAGAUGAAUCAGAACUCCUUACUGUUCCUGAUGGUUGGAAAGAACCAGCUUUUUCCAAAGAGGACAAUCCCAGAGGACUCUUGGAGGAGAGCAGUUUUGCAACUUUGUUCCCAAAGUAUAGAGAGGCUUACUUGAAAGAGUGCUGGCCGUUGGUACGGAAAGCCUUGAAUGAACAUCACGUUAAUGCAACCCUGGACCUGAUCGAGGGCAGCAUGACUGUCUGUACGACAAAGAAGACUUUUGAUCCGUAUAUCAUCAUUAGGGCCAGAGACCUAAUAAAACUUCUAGCAAGGAGUGUUUCAUUUGAACAGGCAGUACGAAUUCUUCAGGAUGAUGUUGCAUGUGACAUCAUUAAAAUAGGUUCUUUAGUAAGAAAUAAAGAAAGAUUUGUAAAAAGAAGACAGCGUCUUAUUGGUCCCAAAGGAUCUACAUUGAAGGCUUUGGAACUCUUAACAAACUGUUACAUUAUGGUUCAGGGAAACACAGUUUCAGCCAUUGGACCUUUUAGUGGCUUAAAAGAGGUUCGAAAAGUAGUCCUAGAUACUAUGAAGAAUAUUCAUCCAAUUUAUAACAUUAAAACCUUAAUGAUUAAACGGGAGUUGGCAAAAGAUUCUGAAUUAAGGUCACAAAGUUGGGAAAGAUUUUUGCCACAGUUCAAGCACAAAAAUGUGAAUAAACGCAAGGAACCAAAGAAGAAAACUGUCAAGAAAGAGUACACACCAUUCCCGCCACCACAGCCAGAAAGUCAGAUUGAUAAAGAAUUGGCUAGUGGUGAAUACUUUCUCAAGGCAAGUCAAAAGAAGCGGCAGAAAAUGGAAGCCAUAAAGGCUAAACAAGCAGAAGCUCUCAGUAAGAGGCAGGAAGAAAGAAACAAAGCUUUUAUUCCACCUAAAGAAAAACCAGUUGUGAAACCAAAGCAAGCUUCUACUGAAAAUAAAAUUGAUGUGGCCGCCAUCAAGGAAAAGGUUAAGAAAGCAAAGAAUAAGAAACUGGGAGCUCUUUCAGCUGAAGAAGUUAAGCUUAAAAUGGAAGCAGAUGAAAAAAAGAAGAAGAAAAAAAAGUAACACUAAAAUAACCCCCUGAACUAGAACUCAUUAAGCUAUCUCCUUUUGUAAAGGAUUUUGAGAUACGAAGGUGUUCGUAGCCUUAUGUGUGAGAAGAAUACUCUGAUCACAUUUUUCUAGUUUGUGUCAUUCUUCAAAGCAGUGUUUAUAUAAACAGCUGGGUUUUUUUUUUAAUGAA